AAAUUGGAAAUUUUUUCAGAGAUCCCAAAUGUCUAUAUUUAGAUAAUAUUGAAGGUUUUAUAUUAAAUGUACCUACAGAAUAUAAAUUGGGAUUUGUAUUACUUCCUUUGAAAAGACGACACUGGAUUGCCCUGAAGAAAAUUCAUGGUGCCUUUUAUAAUCUUGAUUCAAAACUUGAUUCUCCUCAACUUAUUGGAAAGGAAAAUGAUUUACUUAGAUAUCUAAAGGACCAAAUAGAUAGUAAGGAAAAAGAAUUAUUUCUUGUUGUAUCAAAAGAAAUAGAUAAUAAUCAAGGAUGGUUAAUAAAUACAUAUGCAAAUAAAGAAGGAAUUAAUGCAAAUCAUGAUACUGAUAUCAGGUAUAUUGAAGAUGGAUAUACAGGAAUUGAUUUGAAAAAAGAAAAAUCCACAGAAAUGAAUGAAAAUGAAAAAUCAUUAUAUGAUAAAAAUUCUAGAAAUGUGAUAUGUCAGAUGAAAUGAAACAAGAAGCUAUGGAAUUAUGCGUUACUGCGGCGGAAAAAUAUGCGGAUAAUUAUGAAAGUGUUUCACGAAUGAUCAAGGAAACAAUGGAUAAAAAAUUCGGUGCGUCAUGGCAUACAGUUGUUGGUGAAGGCUAUGGAUUUGAAAUAA